AUGCAAGCUCCGCCAUUGACCCUCGAAAAUGUGCUUCUCCAACUAAGAGACUUCCUUGCAGUGUGGAUUUCGCAAAUCAUUUAUUAUAACGAAAUCUACCCCAAGAAUGCAUUUGAGGAGCGUAAAUUUCUAGACUCGAUUGUUCAUCAGUCAAGAGUUCCACCCUUGGCCGAUUAUAUUGAGCGCUUUGCAAACGAAAUGGUCUCGGUUCUAGUGAAGAAGGAAGGUGGCGGUAAGCUACAUGAUGUGGUCGUGAUCAUCUACAGAGAGUCAUCGUUGCAUGUUGUGAGGCGAUACAUCAUGGGAUUGAGUCAAUUCGUUGGGUUGGCUGAUCAGAUUACCACACUAGAUUUUUUGUCGAAGCCGACUGAGGUGCAUCUGGCAAGGAUUAAUAUACCUGGAUUUGAUUGGAACGAGAUUUAUUCAUCGUUGAGAAGUUUGAUAUUCUUUCAUACAGAGGAACUUAAACGUACGUAUGAACGUUCAGACCUGGAUUUAUUUUUCAAGCUCCUUCUCAACACCGACAACGCUGUUGACUUAUCUGGAGACGAAGGCCAAUGGGUGAAGUUGAUGUCUGAAGAAGACACCAGAAGAACAAAGUUUGUAAGCGUGGGUGAAGUUUCAUCCGGAUUCUUGUGUUUUGACCUUCACAAUGAGUACAUACUUUGA